AUGGCCGCGCUCGGGCGACCUGCCUCCUCUUUCCCGCCUGCCGAGGGCCCUGGUUGUGAACCGCCCCGGCGCAAGCGGCUCCGCCUGGAGGAUCGUGGCGCGGUCCGGGCGGCAGGGUGGCGGCUGCCUGUGGUGCCCCGCUUGUCUGAGGUGGAGAAAGUCUGGGAGUUGCCGCCCAGACCCUUCGAGGCGCUCCUGGUUCAAACGAGCUCGAUUUUCGAUAAGCGCGCAGACGCCUGUGUGGGGAAGUCAGUCGGUGGGCGGCAGAUGAGCAGCCGGGGGUGCCCGGAGAGCGGGUUUGAGUUUGCAGGGAGGCGCUGUCGGCAGGCUGUGCCCUCACGGGGUUCCGCAUCUGGGCUGAGGGUUCCAGAAAGCUCCUGGGAACGCGGGCGGCGCGGCGGGGAGGGCUCCAAGGAGCUCCAUGGCGCCAGCUCGCAAGCAGAGGCUGCUCGCCCUCCGCCCCACACCGCCGUCCGCGAUGUGCCCGGGCUUCAAAACCAAGACGGAAAACCCGAUUCCGUCCAAGGCAGACGCAGUCGUCAGAAAGACAACGGUUACAUAAAAGAGGCAGAAAAUCCAUUUGUAGAUGUUACCUUUUACAAGGAGACUAAAGCAACACUUCCUGAAAUUGAGAACAGAUGUAAAGCUGACAGUGUUAUGUCAUCCAAUAAAAGAGAAAAUAACAUUGCGGCUACUGUCCUAAAAAUACCAAAAUAUCAAAAUCAGUCCAGCUUGGAAAUUGCCAAAUCCAGCUAUUUUAGAGAUAGCGGCACAAUAAGUAUCCCUGAGCUUCCAACUGAUUUAAAUAGCAAAAUGUCCUCUGUCUAUUUAAAGGAAAUAGCAAAGAAAAAGAAUGACAAAAAUGAGGCAUAUGUUAGGGAUUUCACAAACAUUUACUGUUCCCAAAAUAGACCUGAUGUUAAGAAGCAAAAGUUACAGAAUGAUAAAAAAAAUGUGGAUGCAGAAAGUAUACUUUCUGAAUGUUGUGAAAGUAACCGCCAGUCACUCAGCAACCAAAAUACUCACAAGAGGAAAAACGCCUUGAUCUGCUUCAGCUACUCUAAUCACAGUAGUAUCAAGUGUGAUGUAAGAGUCUCUGAAGAAAUUUUCACUCUACUAGAAAAUGCAAAUGGAGAAGCAGAAACAUGCCUGGACAGUUACAUACCUAUGAGGUUGGAAAAAUCUCAAAGCUGGGACUGUAACAGUAGACAUAUUUUGAAAACAAACAGUGCCAGUUACUGGAUUAUGAAUAAUUACCAGACAAAAUGUGAAAAUCUGAAAAAAACUGGAGAAAAAUUGAAUUUGCUACAAUUAUUAGAAAUAGACCUUUUAGGCAAGGAAGGUUUUCAUAAUUUAAAAGCCAUGAAUACACAUGGAGAACAAUCAAAGCCUCUCAUGAUAGGAACAUUGGAUAGCCAAAAAACAUUAAUAAAAAUUGUUUGGUUAAAUGGUGAAGAAAAUGAUAAUAUGCUACAGCUACAAUAUGCUAUGCAAAAAAAGUUAUAUUUAAGCAACAUUUUUGAAAGUUUCAUUACAGAAAUUUUUAAUUUCCUUGAAAAUAUUUCAGAAAAUAAAAAUUAUAAUACUAUUUUAACUUGGUGUGAAAUUUUGACAUGCAGAAAGCAAACUGGGGUUCAGAAUUUAAUAAGCAGGAAUAUGAAUGUCAAUGAAAAGAAUGAAGCAUUUAGCAUAUAUUUGCAAACUAGUGUCUCAGAACCUCUUACUAUCACACUGAAAAACAACCUAGCUUUUUUGCUCCAUAACUUGGACCCUUUAACAAGAAUUGAAGCUGAUUGUACAUUAGAAGAGGAAUACAUUCUCAAAUGGAGAGUUUAUUUGAAUUAUCCAAAAAAUAUCCUAGUACGAAAUCAUACUGCAUAUCUAGUAAGGAUUUCAACUUUUUCAAGUAUAUUCGAAGAAAAUAUGAAGCCUAUGUUAAAGAAAAGAAAGCUAUUAAAACCUGAACGUGCUUUUGAAGGCUGUGAGAAAGAAACCACCAAUUCAUUCUGUAUGGCUGCUAAAAAUACACAUUUUCCAAUUUUUGAUACUUAUGAAAAAAUUCCUCUAAUGGAUUUUGAUGACAUGCAUGAAAUUUCUUUGACAAAAGAAUUUAGUUACAAGAAUGAGAACUGUCUUGAACAAGUCAUGAAUGUGGAAAAUUUGGCUCAUUUUAGUCCUAUUAUUGUUAAAAAUGAUGCUAAUUCUUAUCCUCAGUUUGCACAGAACAACCAAGGAUAUAUUAAUGAAAAGUUUUUUCAAGUAAAUAUGUACAAACAAGAUUUAGAUACUGAAAGAAAACAGGACCAUAGUAAGAUUAGUAGCUUGAAUUCUAAGUGGAUUUGUGAAGAUUUCUUCAAUGUUAAGCAACAGGCCAUCCUGGCAAGCCAUGACACAACACGUGGUAGAGAAACUGAUACCACAACUAAAGCCCAGAUGCUAAAUUUCAGGAACCCACUAAGUGAAAUCAAAGAAGAGAAACAGGACUUAAUUUUGAAGGAGGAAAUAAACAUCACAACACAAAGUUUAAGUAAUAGUUGCCAAGUUCUUAAACAUAUUAAGAUAGAAAAGGAAGAGAAAGAUGGCUUUUCUUCAGUGGAUAGUGUGUUUUCUGUUCAAUCAGUUUCAUUAAUGAGUAAGACUUUAACUGUGGAAGAUGCCAUACAGAGAAACCAAACAUUUGUUAAUCAAAAUAACAUAGCUGACAGAAAGGAAUUUGAGAGUAUUUUGCAAGAAAGUGAGUUAGCUAAUUCAAAGCAUUUUUAUCCAAAGAAUGACUCUGCAGAAUGUGUUAAUCAUCAUCUUGAAACUGAUUUGAGUGCAGGGAGCAAUGACUGUUUUCAGGACUUAACUGCUAAGUGUUUACCAACAGAAGCUCUGACAAUAGUAAAAGAUUUUGAAAUGAAGAGUAAAUUUGAUUUAGUGCUUGAAGAACUUCGUAUGUUUCAUGAAAUUAGUGCAGACAAAGAAAGUCUAAGCACUGUGGCAACAAACAAUGGGCAAGAAAAUUACUUUGGAGACAGUAAUGAUGUUGAGCUGUUAAAAAAGGAGGCACAAAAAGACUUGAAAAUGGGUACGGGAAACAAAAAAUGUGGGUCUUCUUUGCUCUGUGAUAUUAGAGCAGGUCCCAACAUGCAGAAAAGCCACCAAAGUUCCUUCAAGUGGAAAACGGUGCCCAAUAAGGGAGAACAGUCAGGGCCCUGUGAACACUGCUGGCCACGAGCAUCAGAGGAAGAAUUACCCUCUUCCUCUCCCGGGGAAGAUUGUGAGAAAUCCUUACCUCACAGACCUGUUUUAUUUUCUGAUGAACAUAAGGAAGAGAAAUUUAUUUGUUUACUGAAGGGAGGUAGUAAUUUUUCACAUGGAAUUUCAAGAGUACAUCCUCUUAAGACAUGCAGUCGACCAAUCAGGAUUGGUUUGUCAAGAAAAGCUAAGCUUAAACAGCUUCAUCCCUACCUGAAAUAA